UGCAGCGCUGAUGCUGGCGGCCGCCCAGGAUCGGAGCUAGAGGCAGAGUCCAGGGUGCAGAGCCAUGAAGCUGAACGAGCGCAGCCUGGCCUUUUACGCCACUUGCGACUCCCCUGCUGACAACGCCGGCUUCCUCUACAAGCGCGGCGAGCGGCACACGGCAUACCAUCGCCGCUGGUUCGUGCUGAAGGGCAACAUGCUCUUCUACUUCGAGGAGCGGGAGAGCCGGGAACCGGUAGGCGUCAUCGUGCUGGAGGGCUGCACCGUGGAGCUCUGCGAUUCAGCGGAGGAAUUCGCCUUCGCCAUCCGCUUCGGCGGCGCCAAGUCUCGCACCUACGUGCUGGCGGCCGAGAGCCAGGCUGCCAUGGAGUCGUGGGUGAAGUCGCUCUCACGAGCCAGCUUUGACUACAUGCGCCUGGUGGUGCGGGAGCUGGAGAAGCAGCUGGAGGAGAUGCGCUGGGGGCCGGCUGGUGGAUACGCAGGCUGCCGGCAGUCACCUGGCUCCUGGAAGCCGAAACCCGUGGGGCUGGAGCGAUCCCCGGAGCGGUUGCCGGCUCUUCCUGCCAUCCCAUCGAAGGAGAAUGGCUGCGCAGUGUGGAACAACACACCAGGAGUGGACCGGCUGCCCGAAGGUGGCUGAGCCAUGGGGAUCUGCCAGGACCCGAGGUAGGGAGGAAAUGUCAUCCUUGGUGCCGCCUCGGUUCCCACCGCACCCCAGGAUGUGCAGCCCUGUCUGUGGCGGUGAUGGACACCUGCUGAUGGUGCCACCAAGGGCCCAGUGCCGAGGGACACCAGUGUUGCUCCGUGAUGGCUGAACACCAGCCCAGCACCGAUGGCAGCUGGGCUGAGCAUGCUGCCAGCCAGGCGUGAAGGCCCCGGGCUCUUGGGGCUGCCAGGUUCUUGGGCAUCUUGUGCCAGGCAGCGAGUGCUCCCCGCAUGGGUGCACCCCUCCAGCUGUGCCCGGGCGCGGGUGCAGGGUGGUCCAUCCAGCGCAAGCAAGCUGCAACCCACUUGCUGGUUGUUGCCUCCUGGGAAUCGACCACUGUGUUGGGUCUGGUGGGGCCUCUCGAUGCUCUUGCAGCAGGGGCCAUGCACCAACUGCUUUUGGAGGAGGAUUUUGAUGGGAUCUCGCCUGCCUGAGCCCUUGCAUGGGUGUUUCACAGCUGGGGAGCCUGCUACCGCCUUCCCCUCCCUGCCCAGCACAAGCAACUGGCUGAGGUCGGCCAAGCUCCACCGGAUCCCUCUGCUCCAGCAGGAUGUGGUUUGAAAAUGAAAUUAUCAGUGAGUGCAGCCCUUCCUUAAUGGCAGCAGCACCGUGCACCCUGGCCACCUGGGGCUGGUGACACCCAGCCCCGGGCAUUUCACCCAGGGUGAUUGCUGCUUGCAGUCCAGCGGUGAACCCGCGGUGGGGGCAGACCCGAGGGGAAUGCAGCGGCUGUGGGCACCGCCUUGCCGGGCAGAUAUUUUGGGGCAGGGCAUCAUCUCCGGGCUGGCUCACUAAGGGGAAGCAUCGCUCGCGGUGGUGAAUGGGAACGUAUGUGUCAGCGGUGGAGGGUGUCAAAUGAUUCAUGUGCCAAACUGGAGCGAAGCCAGUGUCUCAUGCCGGUGUUUCUCUUUUAUUACACUAUUUUAUUGACACUAAAGCUGCUGGCCUGGAGGUGGGGUGACCUGCCCCUGGUCUGGGAGUUGCAGAUGGGGUGCCCCAGGUUUGGGCCGGGUGGCUCCAGCUCCCUUUGCCCCCUUGGGACAGGCACAAGAUUUUGCUAUAAUAAAUGUUCUUUCAGAAAUUCCCUCCUGGCCCCAGUUCUUGCUUGUGCCUUUAAACCCCUGGGGAGGGGGGGCCCAGGUGGGAAUUAAUCCUCUAUUUUAAUCCCCUUCCUGUCCCCACCGUGUCCGUGAGGCUGGGCACAGAGACUGUGUUGCCCAAGUGGGACACGGUCAACGCCACGGCCUCGCAGUGCCCUGGCACCCCACAGCUGCCCACAGGGAUGGGAUGGGAUGGGAUGGGAUGGGAUGGGAUGGGAUGGGACCACCCUGGGGACAUC